AUGGUCGUCAAUGGCGGCUCCCAGAUGGACGUGUUGUUCUUACUCAGGCAGCAGCGGGAGCUUCUGACGCAACUCCGCGCGCUCAUCCUGCCGGCGCUUCGCGACGCCGACAGCAGGUCGGCCGACCUCGCCAUCUGCCUCUUCGGCGAUGUGAUCGACUGCAUCGCCGGUGUCAUGUCCAGGCUUAAGGGGAUCAGUACCCAAGCAGGCGGUCGUCGACCGCCGACGGCCUUCGACCUCAUAGGCGUUGAUGUAAUUACGCCCAACGCCGGCGAAGGACAAAAGGAGAAGCCCAUGAUCAGCAAUGUUGGUCAGAAGAGAAGGAGAAACAACGACAAGCGAUCAAGAUCUCUUGUAACAGUUGUUCCACAUUAUGAUGGCCAUCAUUGGAGAAAAUAUGGGCAGAAGAACAUUAACAGGAGGGAACAUGCCAGGAGCUACUACAGAUGCGCCUACACAGAACGGAAUUGCCCAGCAACCAAGACAAUUCAGCAACAGGAUCAUAACGUAACUAUUAAUUGUGAAGAGGAAACUGCAAAGUACAUUGUUGUGUACUACGGUCAUCACACUUGCUGCGACGCCAACACUAGCAACGGCGGGAAGAAUGACCCUGGCAUGGACCUAAUUCAAAAUGGCAAAAUGGCGGGAGCAGUAACAGAAUUCCAAAAGUUCGACCCAGGAGACGUGGACAUGCCAGCUCUAAUAGAGGUGCUUGACAAUCCUGAGCUGAACUGGGACAUCAUUUGCUAG